AGCCGCACACUUCACACAUCUUAACAAGAGUAAUUACACUGGGAAGAGGAGAGUUAGAGACCUAGAGAAGACUCCAAACACGGGAAGAGUGUCCUGGAGAGACUUGCAGGAGCACACACACGACACAACUCACUUAUUCAUAGAAAGAGUGGGAUUGAGACAUACUAAGUUAAAUUAAGGAUACGUCUUAAUUGAAAUAACCAUUUACUUUGGGAGACCGACAAAAACUUCCAAAAAGCUUUUGACUCACCAAAAAGCUUUGACUCACUUAGUACACUGAACAUUUUGAAGAGGCGACAUGUCAUGUUUCGUGUCACUCUGUCUGUCCAUUUGGGUAGCACUCAUGAUGCCUGGCAGGACAAGUGCACUGAAUGAGAACAUCGACGUGCUGGUCAUAUUGCCUCUCAAUAACUCAUACCUGUUCUCAUACCAGAGAGUUUUCCCGGCUAUUGAGUAUGCGAGAAAGACCCUUGGCAAAGGAGAUCUCUUUGCGGGAUUGAAAUUCAAUGUGCUCUAUGAGAACUCGGCGUGCGGGAUGGAUGCUCUGUUCGGGCUGGUGGACAAGCAGAGAGACGAGCGUCCCGACCUGAUCCUCGGUCCGGUGUGCGAGUAUUCGGCCGCGCCGGUGGUGAGAGUGGCAUCGCACUGGAACAUCCCGGUGAUCUCGGCAGGUGCUCUGGCCACCGGCUUCACCACCAAAAACAGCGAGUACUCGCAUCUCACGCGAAUCGCUCCAACUUACCUGAAAAUGGCGGAGACCUUCCAGGCGAUGUUCGGACACUUCGACUGGAGAAGUGCGUAUUUGAUUUACGAUGACGACAAAGAUGAGAGGAACUGUUACUUUACGAUGGAGGGGGUUUAUACGGUCCUAUCCGAGUACCACAUAAUAGAUCACGCUGUUUUGAACUCCCAUGAAGAGAGGGUAGACGCCGACGAGAUCAUAAAGUCAGUCUACGGGAGCGAAGUGAUUAUCAUGUGCGCCAAGGCGGACACAGUGCGAGACCUCAUGCUGGCUGCUCAUCGACGAAAAUUAACCAGCGACAGCCACAUCUUCUUCAACAUCGAGCUCUUCAACUCCUCUUCCUAUGGAGACGGAUCCUGGAAGAGAGGAGACAAACAUGACUAUGAGGCCAAGGCCGCCUACGGCUUUCUUAACACAGUAACGUUACUGAGAUCCACCAAGUCAGAGUUCGAGAAGUUCUCCAUAGAAAUGAAAAAGUCUCUACAGCAGUCAAACAUCCCUGUUUGCGGAGACUGCAAUGCUGUGAACAUGUUUAUGGAGGGGUUCCAUGAUGCUCUGCUUCUGUAUGCAUUUGCCUUGCGUGACGUGGUGAGUAGCGGUCUGACCAAAAAGGAUGGAUUGGACAUCACGCACAGCAUGUGGAACCAGACGUUUGAAGGCAUUGCCAGCCAGGUGUCUAUAGAUGCCAAUGGUGACCGAAAUGGGGAUUUCUCUGUCAUUAGGAUGACUGACCUAGAGGCAGGCACCCACGAGACUAUCUUGAACUACUUUGGCACUAACGGAAGUUUCCAGAUCAUGCCCAGCUUUAAGAGGGAAUGGUUCUCCUUGAAAACGAUACCAGGUCCCCCACUCCCACCACAGCCGGAUCAAUCAUCAGGUGGACUAGGUGUAUCGGCAGUGACUGGGAUAAUAGUGGGAGGAGUUCUGGGAAUUUCUCUCCUCUUGGCAUUCUACUUCUUUAGGAAGAAUUACAGGAUAACUAUUGAGCGGAGAACACCUCGAGAAGAGUGUGACAUCGGGAAGCACCGUCAGCUGCGGGAGGACUCAAUCAGAUCCAACUUUUCAGCAGCGUAGCCUGCAGUCGAGAGCCGGAUAGUGAGGUGUUCCAGUCUGAGGGAAGGUGCAUCUCAUAUGGACCACUGGGUCCAUCAAACACCAUCCUAGAAAACCUGAAAUAUUUAUAGACAUGCUGUAGUGUUUUUCCUUGUAAAUGUCUCUUGCUCUUCAAUUCGUAAACUCAGGAAAGUUUAAUUUUGAAGGAGAAGCGCUUUUAAGGCUUCUUGACUCCGCAAAGAAAAAGAGUCUGUUUUAUUUAGCUACAGACACUUUUUUAUUUUAUUUUGCGAAACUUGUCUUGAGAAAGACUUUUGUCAGUUCUGUAGAAAAGAAUCACCUGACUUGAGUCCAGUCAGGUGCUGGGUCGCAGUAUUGAGAUAUUGAGGGUUAUAACAUUGAUAUGCAGAACUUAAGCUUACUUUAAAUGCACAGCCUCCCAUUCAUUCAGGAGGUCAUGUUCCCUUCUUCUACCUAUAGAGAAUGUCCAGUAGAACACACUGUUAAAGGGAUAGUUCACCCAAAAAGGAAAAUUCUGUUGCCACUUUCUCAUGUCGUUCCUAACUCAUAUACACUUUUAAAAAUAAAGGUACUUAAAAGGUUCUUCACAGCGAUGCCAUAGAAGAACCAUUUUUGGUUCCACAAAGAACCAUUCAGUCAAAGGUUCUUUAAAGAACCAUCUCGUUCUUACUUUUUUAUAAUCUGAAGAAGGUUCUUUAGAUGUUAAAGAGUAAAUAUUUUGUGAUUUUUCUAAGGUCCUACUUUGGUUUAUGGAGUGUCCAACAACAAGUUUACGUACAUACAAGGUGUAAAAACACUUUCAUUUUCUAAUAAUAGGCAGUUAUUAUUACCUUACUUCUUGAGUGACUCUCAAACAGGGGCAGCGCCAGGACUUUUUUCUUGGGGGUGCUAAGGGAGGGGGAGGCUUAACAGUUUAGAGGGUGGGCUAAUAUAAUUAUUAAAUUAAUAAAUGCCUUAGCUAGACAACAUGCAAUUUUGCCAAUUAAAUACAGAAUAGCUUCUUAAAAAUAUUGUUUUAGCGCAUUAGCCUACACUUCUCCCAUGGCUGCACUUAUAGUUAUUGUUAAUUAAGAUUUUGUGACAAAUUACAUUAUAUCCUUUGCUUUUUUGUUGAAAACAUUAUGCAAUGUGUAAAGUAGCAUACGAAAAAAACUGAAAAAGCAAAUGAAGCAGAACACAGCAAUGAACAUACAGAACGUACUGUAGCGUACAGUCGACGUAUGGUUUUGUUAUUACUUUACAAGUUUCUGUUAAGAAAAAAUAGCAUAUCCACAAGCACAAGGUUUGAGUACUUUCACUAAGGGUCGUUUGCUAGCCUAAUUAUUCCAUCUAUAACCAAAAGCAAACUAAUCAAUGCUAUAGCCUAUUCUUCUGUUCUUUGUAUUGAAAUAGAAUUCGCAGUAAAACACGCUUAUUUCAGCAAAGACCAUGACGUGUUCCCAUAUAGUGCAGAUUAAUCAAAACGUUAAAUAUAUUCACAAUAGGCCCGAACUCCAUAGAACUGUUGCAGUUUUGCCCUACAAGUUUGUUAUUAAACACUCGUUAGACACUUCUCAAUAUUUUUCAUUUUAUUAAGAAUACGUAGCUUUAUGAUCUGAUAUGUGAUGGGGAUAAAAAGGUCGGCAGGAGGCAGAUUCGAACCUGCCAUGAUCUGAAGUAGUAGACAUAGGCUUUCCUCUCUACGCCACUGGAGACGAUAGGCAGCUUAUUACAUUCUUACAGUUUCUCUAUUCCAAUCAGAAACUGGUGGGCAGAGUUAGUGUAUAUAGCCUCUGUUUACAAAACGGGCUAUUUGCACUCAGUGUAAAUAGACACUCAAAGAUAUUAGGAAAUCCUUGGUUUUCUGACCGGGCAAUAGCCUCCGCAAGCCCCGCCACUGCUCUCAAAUGACUGACUCUCAAAUGAUUCGUUCAGCGAUUCAUCUGUCUAAUCACCUCCUUUCUGUCAGCCUACUGUGAUCUGAUUGGUCAGAUGGUCUAGUCUGGUGUGAUUGGCCUAACAUGUACAGCGUCGCAAAUGGAACAUAGGCAGGCAUUACACCAAGCGACGCAAAUCCAACCCGGAACUAAAAUUAGAACGACAGAUAACUCAUUCGCGUGAUUCAGAGUCGAAUCCUUUUUUCUCAAGCCAAUAACUUUGUUAUUCGUUCACUUUCUGCAUUACAACUUGCCAGACUGCUUACAGUCACACACAACAACAUUACACACUGCAUGAAAUGUAAUUUUAAGGACAUUGUAAUAGUUACUCUUUAAAGGUUCUUUAUGGAACCAAAAGGCAUGUAUGGCAUCGAAGAACCUUUUGAAGUACCUUUUUACACAGGAAGCACCAAUUUACACAGGAGUGUAAAUUACUUUCUUCUGUAGAACACAAAAGGAAACAUUUUAAAGAAUGUCGACGCUGUUGUUUUCUAUACAAUGAAAGUGAAUGGUGACUGGGGCUGUCUGACGUUUCCUUUUGUGUUCCACAGUCAGGCUUGGAACGACAUGAGGGUGAGAAAAUUAUAACCGAAUUUCUCAAACCGAAACGUUUUACGUUUACCUUUUUUUUCUGGGUUUUGCGUAGAGAUGGACAGGAGGUACUGAUGAAUAUGAAACUGAUGCGAACUUAAAAAUGAUGUUCCUCUCUGUCAACAUACAUCUCAGCAAGUCUUGAUGUAUCAAAUUUGGCUGCAUGCUGAAACACUGAACUGUUACAUAGUUUUUAUUUAUUAUUAUUAAUUCAGAUUUUCUUUUCGUGAGGUUUUACAGUCCCACUAAUAUAUAAUUUCAGCUCUCUUGGUUUAGGGUGACAUAUGGGUAGUUGACAGACUAAUAUGCAAGUUUGUCAUAUGGUGUGAAGGACAAAAAGGUUGAAUCUCUCUUAUGCUAUUUUAUGUGAUAAAUAUAAAUAUUAAUACUAUAAAACAAUGUAUUUUUAACUGUUUGUUUUCAAUUUUUUUCUUUGUCACACCAUAGAACACUGAUUUAUUCGUCAACUACCUAUAUACAGGAUCAUAUACACGCUGCUGGAUGCCUCAUAACCAUAUGUUGUCUUAAGUUUACGGUUAGGGCUUCAACAUUUAAAGUAUAAUUUCAUGAAUGCAUCAGAUAGUGGCAGGAAUAUUGAACUGCAACUAAAUCAACUUCAUCCAUAUAUAAAUUUCAGAUUCCACUAUUAUAAACCUUCCUGCUUCAACAUGUCACAUGUACCUGUCAUUAUUUUUAGACAUCAGACUCAUUAAAACUCUUUAAAGGGGUUGAUUCUACUAAAAUCAACAAGAUGUUAUAGCGUUGAAACAUGCUUUGUUGCAAAUCUGCAUAGUAAUUUCAGAAGAAAACCAAUUUGGUUUCAAAUCCGUAAAACGAUGAAAAGAAUGUUGAUAGGAAAUUUCAUAAUAGAUAGACAAGUCAACAAUUUUAUUUUACAUACAGAAGCCGGUAACGUAUAAACAAAAUGUUUUGAAAAGCUAUGUUAAUUCGCAGAGUUUAUAUUGCACAUGUACAUUUUUUUUAUCUCUAUGCUUGUAGAUUGACUUUGUUAGGAGGUGGUUAUCAAUAAUCUAUCAAUUUAGUAUCAUAUAAAGUUUAUUUGUAACAUUUGAGAUGGUUCAGUUUAAGACAUGUAAAUGUGAGACACAUUUAAAGCCAUCUUUAUGGUUUGUGCGUCAAAAUAAAUCUAGGGUUUUAUUCAAGCUCGGUAUGAUGGCAAUUGUAUACUGAUGUAAGUAAAUGUAUCAGCAUAAGAUGUGAUGUUAUUUAUUGAUAUUUUUGUAGAGGUUUCAUGUUUCCUAGUGUUGAUUUUAACGUUGUUUCCUGUGUGAAAUAUACAGAAUCCUUUUUUUAAACCAUAUAUCUGCCUUGUCAGAGCAAAUUUUAUCUGAUAAGUAUAUUUACAAGGCUUUGUAAACACUCGAAAGAACUGUAACUUAUUUAGAUUAAUACAUAUUGACCAAUUAAAAAUAAAAUUUAU